UUAACGUGUCUUUCCGAUCAUGGUUGCUCCGGUGGAUGAUUUGCCGCCGGAUAUCUGCGCCGGGAGGUCGCCGAGGCGGGAGCUGCAAGGGCCGCGGCCGACGCCGCUCAAAGUACGUAAAGAUUCGCACAAGAUAAGAAAGCCUCCGGCGGCGCCGCAGCACCCGAAACCUCCGCCGCCGCCGCCGGUGAUCAUCUACACCGUGUCCCCCAAGACCAUCCAUGCACACCCUAGCGAGUUCAUGGCGUUAGUGCAACGCCUCACCGGCCCGGACUCCUCGUCAGUAGCCGCGCCGUCCGCCCCAUUUCACCACAACUUUAACGGCUCCGACGCCGACCGACCCGGAUUUUUUCCGGCGGAUUUAACGCCGAAUCCGGCAUCUCUCCCGCCAAUAUCAUCCAACAACAACUUUUUCUCUCCGCCGUCAGACCAAAACCUUUUAGGGUUUUUCCCUGCAGAUUUGAGCCCUCUGGUACACAGCAACAAGAAUAACUUAGAAACAAGUUUGAUGAUAGCUAGCCCUUCACCUUUCUUCAUCUCACCCAGGAUCAUUUCUCCAGGGACUUCAUCUUUGGAUCUUUUAAGCAAUCUGUUUGACCUUCAACACUACAGCUAGCUAGCUUGAUCCAAAGAGUUUAUGCAGGUUUUUGGGUGAUAAAUUGUAGCUGACACAGAUAG